UUAACGUAGUCCUCCCACUGUCAUCCAGAUCGCGCGCUAAAAUUUGAAGGUCUUUGAGAUGAUCAUGUUUAUUUUUAACAACAUGCUAUGAAAAUCUGCUUUUUGAAAUCAAAAUUUUAUUAGUUUUGACAUAUCUGUCACGUUCGGAUCUUGUUAGGGAUGAAAUUAUUCAGCUAAGAUGCCGAAUAAUUUUGCAGACAGAUUAGUAAAAUGGUGGCUUUAGUAAAGCCUUUUAUGUACAUCUGCCAUCAAUUAGAUUUACUGACUUCUCAUAAAUAAUUAUUUCCAACUUUCUACGUUCUACUGCUUGAUUUUAAAUCAAGUUGAAAGGCGAUCAGAAAUUAUCAAAUCUAUUCAUCGCCUUCUGAUUCCCAAACUCACAAGUUGCAAUAAACUAUUUCAUCACUUCAUAAUUUUGCCUGAAGCGAAAAUUUAUGUAACAAUGAAAACAUCAUGCGUAUUUAAAAGGCAGCUUCAACAUUAUUCUUGUUUCGAUUGUUUGUAUUGGGCAAAGCUAUUUUAUAUUUUUUUCUCAAUUUUUGCACUAUUGUUUUCGUGUCGUGGGGCUUACGUGUUUGCAUGGCGGAACAACAAACGGUUUUUUAAGAUGUGAGAAGAAUUUGCCUUAGACCAAAGACCAUGGACCUAGGACCAAGUGUAACUUUAGUGUUGCUUAGUUAUUCAAAUAUAUUGAAAAUUAAUAGAAUUUUAAAGAUCAAUGUAUAUUAUAAAACGAGUAGGAUUAUUUUACGCAACUAGGGUCCAAGUAGAUUUAGCAGUGCUUUGACAGACGUGAUUUAUUUCAUUCAAUUCAUUAUUAAUAAAUUUUUGAUUUUCUGUUAAGAUUCCAGAUAAAAUAUCAUCUUCUUCUGGUCUUUAAGAACUAUAUAUAUGUAAAUCAAUUUUUUAUACCUUAACAUUUCUUUUUUUGAAAGGCAGCAAAGUAGAAUUUGUUCAAGCCGCGAUGUUUCAAAUAUUUUGCUUUGUUAUAUUAUAACAUUUAAAAUCAUCAAGUAGAAUGUUUAACAUCAUAAAAUAAUCAAAUGAUCAUUAACAUUUACUAGUUUUAGAAUCCAUAAAAUUCUUGCUCCUCAUCCGUUUCAACAUUCGCAGGGAUGUGCCCUCCAAUUAAGAGAAUGCAAGGUACAACCCUUCCUUUUGGGAGUAAAAAUGCUUUUGGCAGAUAUUUUUCUUUGGUGGCUGGAUAAUUUUGAAGUUUUUAUUAGAUUUUUGGUAAAAGUGCAAUUAUUCAAAUUAAGAGAACAGGUGCUCCAAAUAUUAUGUAAUAUUUUGUCUAUAAGAUGACAAAGACAUUUUUGAGGCCUCAAAAAUGAAUUAAUAGGACAUUCAAUGUUACCAUAUAUGAGACGCAUCCUCAAACAAACCCAAUGAUAAUUCAAAAAAGGUUCGUCGCAUACACAACAAAAUACAGUAGAUAGUUCGUUACAGUGGUGAUACUAAUUCAGUUUUUAAAAAUAAAUUAGAUAUUUGAAUUUUAACAGAUUUCUUUAUAAUAUUUAGAAACAGGCAUGAAUUUCUCUAAAAAAACUAUAAAAGGAAGGUCCCCCUAGGUUGUGUUUAAAUGGUAAUUGCAUUGUUUUGAAUUUAACACAUAAGAAUGGUAACAGUCAAAAUGCAAAUAGCAAUCAGCAAAUAGAAGAAUUUGCGAUUCAAUUUAUCUUUGUUUUUCUUUUUCUGCUUUGAUAUCUUCUUUUUCUCUGCAGUUAAUUUUAAAAUGUGUUCUGUAGACAGUUAUUAGUGUUGAAGAGAGUACUGAAAUAGGAAAUGCUUUUAUCUAAUCAUUGGGUCAUUUUUAGUGUUUUAUUAACUUUUGUAUUAGCUAUUCUUUAUUUUUUCUCUUCUCCAUUUUUUAUGCUGCUAUGCUAAGAUUAUUCUAAAUAUUGCAAGGCCCUUCCUUUUUUGUGUUGACCUUUAAACAGACAAAAUUAUGGAACCUAGUUAUAAAAAACCUUAAGAAUAUUGCCUUGGAUUUUCUCCCAUUAAAAUCUAUUUGAGGCAGUCUGUUUCAUAAGCAAAAUGCCAUGUGCGCCACAAACCACACACCUACCUGAAUCCAUUUGUGUGAUGCACACUUCUAACAAUAAUGCCAUUUUCAACCUUGUUUAAGCUAUCCUGGCCAAACCUUUUGGAUCUUAAUAAUCAUGCGUUAAUAGUGACUAAUUAGUGGCUCUUGUUUUCCUGCGUUUUUCAAUGUAUAUUUCAACACUGCGCUGAAUUAUCUCUUCUCUCUCUUCAACUGAACAAUUUUUGUUGUUUAUACUAAUACUCAGAAGCAUCUCCAUACGAAUACUUCCCAUUCUUAGCCUCCUAUCUGAGACACAAGGCAUAGAGUGCUGAAUGCCCUUUCUACAGUAGAGUUGGAACCGCUGAUUGAAAUUAUUAUUUCAGCACUUAAGCAUACAUUUGGAUAUUCGUUCACAUAUCGUGUGCCCUAUAAUCUCUGUUUUUCCAUAAGACAUGAACGUUUUCAGUUCAAUCUUAUUUCUUUUCGAAUUCACCACGUGAAGAAAAGACGGCUCUUACUCACAAAAACAGAAAUGGUCUUUAAGAAAAAGUGAAUGAACUGUACACACAUGAACGAGAGGCUGGCAACGACCACACAUGAAUGGUGUGCAAAAGAACGGAAACAAGGUCACAUACCCGUCACCAUUUAUCAAAACUGUCAACAUUGGCAGAAAUAUUAUUGCCUAAUAAGAUUACAUACCAUUAAGAUAAAACACUACCCACAUUGUCAAAUUCAUCAUGCAGCACAAAUAGUAACAGAAAAUUGUUUCAUGUGUGCAGUUUAUCGCACUCAUUAUUAACUCCAUGGGUGUGUGGGUGCGUGCGCAUGCAAUCGCAAGGAAUAAUAAUAGGCCUGCCUAUUACAUCUCUAACUUAGCCUGGUAAGUAUGUGAUCUGAAUUUCAUUAUGAUCAGCCAGUGGCCCCUGAAGAAAACCCACAUGUUUUUCUGGCCCGGCACUCAAAAUACUUAAUAACCCCUGAUAUUUGUAUAGUUUAAAUACUUUUUAUAUGUUAAAAUGCUUUUUUUUGCAAUACAUUUUUUUGGAUUUUGGGGUAUUUUAUUUCAAAGCAUCAGAGUUCUGAGAUAUUUAGUUCAAGGUAUUUGAAUUAGUUAUAUAGAAUAUUUUUUUGGUUUAUAAACCCUUGAACACCAAGUGCAAAAUUUUUGAAGUUUAUAUGCAGUAACACAAUAUGCCUUGCUUGUGUAUCUAGUAGAUCCGAAAGCAAUUCUGUUAAUGUUUAGUCAUUGUUGAUAUAUAUUUGCUGUUCUGCAGUCCAUUUUCUGUUAAUUUGUAAUGUGCUUAGUGUUCAAGCAAUGUAGCCUUUUCUCUGUGUGACACUUAUUAGCUGAAAAAGCUAUAUACUGGUGAUAAUCAAAGAUAAAAGCUAUGUUGAAUUGUUUAAAGAAAAUAUUCAUGUUUUUGUUUGUUUCUGAAAAUGGCUGUGACCAAGAUAAUAGUAGAAAAUGAAUAAUUAUGAUGCAUUUAUUAAUUUUUAGUGAUGUAAAUAUAUAUUUACCUAUCUUUUGUUCAAUAGAAGUUGCACAUUAAUUCAUGAAUUGAAUCUCUGAGCCAGAUGUAGUAUUUAGGGGACCAGAUAAUUUAUUUGUUAUACAACAAGGUUAACUCAUUGGGGGUUUGUUAAUUUGUGAUUCAGCUGCAAAUAUGCAUUGAUAUGUUUGGCUUGAUAUUUUUACAUUAAAUAGAAUCAUGUUAAUUUACAUUAAAAAGCCAGUAUAGAUAACAAUUUGUGAGACAUUAUCUCUAAGUUUGGCAACGUUGCACUGCAUCUUAUUACUAUGUUUAAAUGCAUAGUUUUCUAACCUUUUUUAGUUGUGUUUACAUUCUGUUUCUUGUCCAUUAGUGUCAGUUAAGCUCCACCUUUUUUAAGGACAUUGAGAAAAAUUUUACUUACUUACUAACUAACUUACUAACUUACUUACUUACUUAUUUACUUGUCUUCUGAUAUCAUUUUUUCAUCAAACUACUUAACGACUUGUGUACAAGAGUUAAGGGGAAAAUAUGGUUAAUGUUUAGUUAACAAGAUUGAUACUAACAUGGACUUAUUCUCCAUCAAUAGAAUUCCGAAGUGAUGAUGACAAAAAAUAUAUUUUAAGAAUUUUUCAAUUUUGACCAUCUAGCCCAAAAAACCUUUAUGAGAUACUUUUAGAUCUGCAGUAUCAACUGAAUGUGUUCUACAAAUUGGCAGAGAUAUUGUCACAUUAGCACAAGUUCUUUUCCCAUCAAAUCACUGUAAUUUGGUUUUGGUCCAUAACUUUAUGAACCAGGCCAGAAUAACAGUAAUCCUUGAACAAACCUGAAAUCUUUCGGUGGCUAUAUCACACCCAGUUUCGAGCAUAAUUAACCGAUUCCGUGUACAGAGUGCUUUUCACCAUGUUCUUUCAGAUUAUGUAGUAAAAAUUGAAAAGAUUCUAAAAUAGAUUUUUGAUGACGUCACAUUUCGGUACUCUAUUGAUGUAAAUUUGGACGCAAUAGACGAAAAACGUUUGCCAUUUUUUUAAUUCAUGUGACCUUGUUUUUUUGUAUUCCCCCUCGACAGGCUCGAGCUGUGGCAUUCUGCUGGGUCAUUUUGAAUUCCUCUGUUGUCUGUUUGUCAUGAUUUGUCACUAUGUAAAGGUACAAGGCGAUAGGCAGGAUAAUCUUACAUCCAAUAACCUUUAGUCAACAUGAGGCUGGAGGAACCAAUGACAAAUGAUUGUACGCCUUUUCGAUGUCUUCUGAUAUCAGUUUUUCUAUCAAAUGACUUAACGACUGGUGUACCAGAGUUAUGGGGAUUAUGUAAGAAAAGCGGUCUUUGUUGGUAAUAUUGGAUAUUAGAGUUGAAGAAAGAAUCGCUUAACAAGAAUUUUAUCUUAAUAGAAUAAGAUUGGAUAAUUCCAAGGAGUAUGACCCAGCGAAUUUCGACUUGACAAAUACAGACAAGAAUUAUGCUUGCAACCAAAGGAAGUCUUCGUUUGAUUGUGUAUCUGUGGAUAUGUAUCUUUGAAUACUUUUAGAUAUUUUCAGUUUGUGUUGUCUCUAAACAAGAAUGGAGGCGACGUAGCCGGCUCAAAGCACGAGACAUUCUACAAACAGCAUUUUACUUGAGUUUUGUUAUCGCAUACCACUCAGUCUUAUUUGCUGUUUUCGUUUGAAAUGGGCGGUCCUCUUUUUGGCCUUCGCCUUUGGAUGUGGGAGGCCGAGAUUGAUAUCUUCUUGCAAGUUUUGUGUCGUUCCAUUGAUGCUGUUAUAAUGAAUCAGAUUUGAUCAAAAGACGAUUUGGCGUUUGCGGUUUUUAAACUAAACUUUCGGUUGCUGUUGAAUUCAUUUUAUAAAGCGUCUGUGGCACCAUAGUGACGUCAUUAGUUACCAGCCUGUCAAGCCAACAUCACCACCGUGUACUUAAUCAACAAUGUCAAGUUGGCCGCAGCCGAAGGAGGAAAAUUCUGAUGGUCGUUCCUAGCGAUGUUUGCAACCAACACCAACAUGCCGCACGUGACAAGCCCAGAAUUUAAUUCUAGAAUUAUUUAUCAAGGCAGCCAACUGCAGACUUCUUCGGCUGGUGGGGGUUUUCAUGACUCCGGCAUGGGAUAUUACAACUAUCCCGAUAUGCAAAGUUACCCUGGUGAAUUUCAGCCAACUGGUAUUGCGAUGGCAGUUGGAGGCCCGCGUUCUAACACCAUGGAUGAUCGGAAUACGAGCAAUUACCCUAAUCUGUCGACCUCACGAAAUCCCUUUCCUAAUUCUGUGACUAACAGUCAUGAAUAUUACGCGCUUGAAAACAUGGAUAACAGGGAACAUUACGCUUGCCAACAGAGUGUUUCCCAGGGUCAACCGAAUUCGAGAAGGAUCGAUCGUUCGCCCCUAGAUAGUUCAGCUGCUCGGAAGAAUCGUUCUUGGACCGACGCCGUAUUCGCCUCGAUGGACCGCGAGGCAGAAUCGAUUCUUGAACUGGUCAACGAAGACGCUAUGGAAUUAGAAAGAAUCGCAGCUACGAUCAAACAGGACUGCAAGUCGCCCAAUUCUACGGAUGCAUUUCUAACUAAUGAGUUCGGGCCAAUUUCUCUGCCUUCUGUUGGCGCCAUGAACGAUAUAUCGUGUUCGCGUUGGAGCCGACCUCAAUACCUUGACCCAAGCCAGCGCAGAAAACGUUCUCCGAGGUCAGAUCAACAGUACAUGCAUGAAGAUUAUAUCUUAUCAAAUGAUUUCCAAACGUUCAGUUUAGAUUCACCACCCGGACAAGAUUACCGAUUCGGAGAUUUGUAUGGAUUAUCGAAUCCAGUUGGACACUUCGGGUCGAAUCCGAGUCUGGGUGCUUACGCCCGGAAUAAUUAUCCGCAUCAACAUAGCUUUUUGAGUGACCUGCAGACAUACCAUGGCGCCAAUCCGUAUUCUACAUAUCGACAAAACUUCACAUCGGACAAUAUGCGGCCUGGAGCUGAGGUCAUGUUAGGCGAAACCUCACGUCCUUAUUUUAAACCUUGCUCUAAGGACAGAACCAAUCGCAUGAGAUCAAAACUAGUUGAUGCACAGGAAGACCUGAAGAAGGGCAGCGAAGGCAAUAGCAUCUCGAAAUCAAAACAAAGGGGCGAGUCAAAGAACAGAAUGUGCGUAGGUUCAGACGAAUACAAAGGAGUUCUCGGAAAGCGAAAAUGUGAUCAGACAGACGAUUGUGAGGUGCAGGCGAAGAAACCAAAGUUUUACUUUGAACGCGAAGAGCAUUACGUUGUGCAUAAAUUGCUGAGGGAACUAUCGUCAGCAAGUAUGCCGUCAGACCUGCCACGAACAACAUCAGCGUCGCUCUUCUAUCGUUUGCUGUCAUCGAAAGCAGAACCGAGAGUAAUGCAAACAGUUGGGGGAUCUUCUUCAUAUGGAAGAAGCAGGAAAAUUGUUGUCAGAGAUGAUGUUAGUGAAGAUCAGAUUGGGAAAUAUUCCCACGUCGGCUCUCAUCCGUUUGUUUACAUUCAUGGAGCCGCGUCCCGCGCCAGUCCGACCAAAAGCCUUAAGCUUAUCGAGUUGCUCACGACAAAGUCCCCGGAUCCGGAAGAACGAAGCAAAGAGGAUAAGGAAAACAAGGAAGAGGCUGGCAACCUGGAAGUUAAACUGGUGAAGAGUGAAGAACCUCUGUCACAAGAAGAUAAAGACAAUGAAACUGGAGGCGAUGCCAUCAGGUGAAAUUAAUUCAGACUAUGUUACUAUCAUCUUCUGUUUCAUCGUGUAUUAUUUUAUCUGAAAUCUUCCCAGAUUACCAAGUAAUAUAAAUAUAUGUAUGAAGAUGUAUUGGUUCAAUCUUUUUCAAUAAGGCACUAGAAUAUACAUAGGCUCUGUGCCCCUUCUGUUUGGAGUACCAGUGUACAAACUUUGAAGAAUGCCAUUUGCUUGAUCAACACCACCAACCAUUUUUCGAUGCCCCCUUGACAACACUAGCUUAUCAUAGAACAAUUUUUUCUAGCCCAAAGAUUUAAAAUUUUAUUGAAAUAUCUUUAACCAGGAUUUUAUUCUAGUGCCAUUGAUUUUAGUCUCCCAUUCAUUUGUGUUUGUAGGUUGUUGGUGUUUUGUCGACCUCAAAUGAUCAUAAAGUCCAAAAUUGUCUCAUUAAGAGUUACGUUUCCCUACAAUCCCCGUACGUGCAUUUUCAAGUUAAUUCACUGAAAUAUACGUCAGUGUCAAUUGAGAUUAUCAAAAUAGUUCUGCUUCUAGAGGGUAGGAAGAGCCGACCAUGUAAGUGCGCCCAGUCACUAUAUGUUGUCUUAAUGGUUGUUCUAUGACGAAAUGCUACUUUCCCUGCUGAUGUGAUACAAGCUUUUGAAUUCACUUUCUAUGCUCUCUGUUAAUGAUGGCAAAAAAUUAGCAAAAUAAUGAAUUGCGCCUGUAUCUAGAUAUAUUAAAGGGUUUAUGGUUCCUUUAUAAGAGAAGAAGCUUUCUGAGAUGAUUCUAGGCCGGCAUCUCUCUCCUUCUUCGCUAGGGUGUCCUUCAUUUUGCUAGAUUGUAUAAGUAUUGUACUGGGCUAAAUGCAGAUGCAAAAGCAUCUUUCGUAUCCGCCGUUGACCUCUACUUGGUGUUGGCAGGCCUCAUUUUGGCUAGACAUAUACAGUCAAGGGUCAAUUCUAGAAUCAGACCUGCCAUUUUAACGGAAAAACCAAACUUACUGUCGCCUAAUGACUGUUAUUCUACACCUUAUUACAAAAACUUGAAGUUAUUUCUACAUUUUCACAUCUCCGCACACCAAAUUCUAUAUGCGCCCUCGUAAUGGUCCUAUCAAAGUCUUUUCUAAAUUUUAGUUUAUUCAUUUGCACCUUAGCAGUUGUUAUCAUUGACUUUAUAAGUAAAACUAAUACUUUCUCUUUGAAACAAUUUAUCAUACGUAGAUUCAUUUUAUUGAUUAUUUUCAACGAUAAUUAUGUUAUUAUAUUUUCCAUUGGUAGCAAUAAUGUUAAUAUUUUCCAUUUUUUGUAUAAAAGUAUAAAUUGCUUUUGUAAAUAAUUUGCCUUAUACCAUAACCUAAAAAUUAUUUCCUAGGAUUAUAUCUGUUAGACUUUAGGUAACCAUCUCUGCAAAUAUGAAUUUUAAAGCAAAUUUCAACAAA